AUGGCUGCUCUCCUAGAAGAUCCCCGAAUCCGGCAGACUUGGAAUCAAAUAUCGCAAAAUGCCGAAUCUGCGACAGAGAACGCGGCAGCCGGGAUCUGGACCGUCCAUCACAAUUACAUCUAUCCUUGCCUCUCAUCCACACUCUCAGCCCUCGGGCAAUGCACUACAUCUUGCUUUUCCGAUCGCGAUGAGCGCGCGCGCAGGUUAAGAGACAGAGGUCGCACGAGAGGAAGGGCAGAGUUGAACUUUGAUUUCUAUGACGAUUGGAAUGAAGACGAAGGUGUUGGCGGGGGAGGAUUACUGGGAGGCUGGGGAAAUGACGAGCUGGAUAGGUUACUAGCUGGCAGCGGAUCCCAUAGCGGCGCUGGCGAUGGUACCGCUCAGCCUCCCCCGAGGAAACGAGGAAUGAGUUAUGGCACCAGAGGAUCAAAAUCGACGAGAAAAAGUCUGGAUCCUGAUCCAACCAUCAUUCCAAGUACAAGUGCCCUGGGGUUUCUAGGGCGGCUACCAUUCAAAAUUGGUGGUACAUUGAGAUACAAACCUAGCGCGGCGGAUUUGCAGGAGCACCCUGGCGCUCUUCGCGACGAGUUUAUAGAAGAAGAGGGAGAGCCAUUAAUACCGGAUGAUCUCAGCGAUGAUGAGCGGAACGUAGUCAAGGGACAUGCAAGGCAACGGAGUUCAACAACAAGCUCUGGUGAGACGUCGGAUUCAUUUCGUUCCCGAGGAGAUAUUUUUCCAAGCGAUGGAGAGGAUGAUGCGGUGCCGUUGCCGGACGAAUUUGCCAUGGUGCUGGAAAGAAGGGCGACAAAUCCGACAAAUCCGACCACAGAUGACAGGAGCAGUGGGAAGACGCGCAGUAGCAAAGGAAAGAGGCCGGCCGGCUCCAGGAAUAUUUCCCGAAAUCUAUCGAGAACGGCAGCAUCAUCCCAGUCACUACCAGGAUUAGCGGGGUAUCGUACGAACUCGGAAGCAUCUCUACUAGAAGUUGUUGGUGCCUUAUCUCCAGAUGCAGUUGAAACGCCAUCGUUGACGGACCUGCAGCAAGAGGAAGACAGAAUUCGGUUGGAGGAGGAUGGGGAGGUGGAGAGGAAACGACAAGCUGCCGCGAAAUUAGCCUUCAAGCGUGGACUUCAUGCUAAGGAAACCACCGAAAACUUUUCAGAGGAUAAAGAUGCAGCUGAUGUGAUUGAAACCCCCCCACCAGCGACGGAUAUUACACUGAAACAUGCCCCAUGUGGCAAUGGUGAUCCAACUACGUCCAAAACACAAUAUGCUAGUAUUGAGGAUCCAUCUAAGGAGAACGUGAACUAUGGGUUCGUUCCAGCAAGGCUACCAAACUUUGGCUGA